AUUAAUAUUACUAUAUAAUUUAUGAAAAGUAUACAAAAUUCCUGGAUAAGUUUACCUCUACCUUACCAGGGUCACUUAAUUAUGGAUUCAAUCCAUUCGUCGCCAAUCAGUAUAAGACUUGUGACAACUCAGGCAAUUGAAGCACCGGAUUAUGAAACGAGUGCUCAAUCUGACAGUGUUUGCGAGGAUAGAGACGACUUAACAUCGAUGGACAUCACCACCACUUGCUCUGAAUCUCUCGAUAAUUGUCUCAAUAAUAACAGUUGCGGCGAUAUAUCCAACGAAAGCGACAUUUAUUCAAAUUAUAGAAAUAAUCUAAAUAUAAGUAAUAAGAAUAAUGCCAACGAUCUGCUGGAUGCUAAGAUAUCGUCAAACAUUAUGCCAAACAAGUGUCAUAUGAUGUCGAAAAACUUUUUGAAUGAAACCAAACAACAGAACUCGUCGGACAUUGAGUCCCAGAAUAGACUAUUGAGACGAAAGAAGUCUUUGAUGUAUAGGUGGUACUCAUCGUCCAGGAAAGAGCCCAUAAGACUGUCAAUCCUGGGCCGACCCAUUCCUCUGCACCGAUUGCGGAAUGACAUCACCUUUUAUAAGGAAAAGGUUGCGAUCUAUAACUUCUUGCAGAGACCACAAGGAAUCGUUGCCAUCAGUUAUCAUGUAUUCGUCUCAUUAGUUGUCUUCGUUUGUCUCCUUUUGACGGUCUUCUCAACCAUUUCAGUUGUCUUCGUUUGUCUCCUUUUGACGGUCUUCUCAACCAUUUCAGUUUACUGCUUCACAACUAUGAAGUUUAUGCGACAAAUGGGUUGCGAUAUAUGGAUGCAUUGGUUGCGGCCCUAUUUAGCUCAGAAUUUGUGGCCAGACUAUGGAGCUCUUCGUGUAUAUCUCACUAUCAAGGCUGGAGAGGAACCAUUCGUUUGUGAUCUUCGGAAUCCAUUUCGCAUAAUCGAUAUAUUGGUUAUAAUCACGUCAUGCAUUGUCUUAUUUUUCGACACCAAAAGACAUACACUAUUCGUGUAUUUCCGAGGCUUUCGCUUUUUCCAAGUCUUUCAAAUGCUUCGACUCGAGCACAGGUUCCGUCCCUGGCCUGUCAUGUCCUCUGUUGUGUGGCAACAAAGGGAACACUUAGCCAUCACUACAUACAUGGGAUUCCUAUCACUGCUAUUCAUAUCAUUCGCCAUCUAUUUUGUCGAGAAAGACGUGAAUCCGGCCUUUAAUAACAUCGCCGCCUCAAUGUAUUGGGGAGUCGUCACCCUUUGCACAGUUGGGUAUGGAGAUAUGACUCCCAUCACGCCGACCGGCAAAUUCUUGUCGUCCAUAUGUAUAAUAAUCGGUGUCUCCAUAUUUGCAUUACCGGCCGGAAUACUGGGAACAGGUCUCGCACUUAAGGUUCAGGAACAGCAACGGGCGCGACAAAUGGGAAAACGGAGAGCACCGGCAGCCAAACUGAUUCAGUGCACGUGGAGGUGCUAUGUGUCUAACGAGAACUCCAUGUCGACCGUCACCUGGAAGUCGUACAACAGAUUCCGUGCGCUGACUAACGAGGAGAAGACGGCCAUCCGUUUCCUACGAGUCGUCAAGUAUUUCAUUGCCCGACGAAACUUCAACACCGCUCUCAAGCCGUACGACAUAAAGGAUGUGUUGGAACAGUACGCCGCCGGACACGCGGACGUCUUGGGACGAGUCAAACACAUGCAGAAUAGGCUUAACGCUGUCCAGGCCGGAGUCAACACCAACCUCCGGGCCCUCAAUGAGUCCAAAGUGGUCCUGUCGUCGAGGAUCACCAGCAUUGAGUCGGUGGCCAUUGAUUUGCAAAACAAAUUCUCGCAAUUAAUCGACAUUCAGGCGAAGGACCGCAAUAUCAUCCAAACGUUGACCGAUAUAUUGAGUCAAAGAAGUACGCAACUCAUUGUCGUCUUCCAGACGGACAUCAAUCAGAACGAGAAGAAACUC